CAGGCUCUUUGCACUUCAUACCAAUCUCCCGCUUCGCAGUCUCAAGUGGCGAAGAAAUCAUCUUAAAAACAGAGAGAGAGAGAGAGAGAGAGAGAGAGAGAGAGAGAGAGAGAGAGAGAGAGAGAGAGAGAGAGAUUUGAUGCAGUGAAUGGAUAAGAUGAUGUUGAUGACGAGAAGUGCUUAUUUUUUGAGAAAGAUUGUGAAUACUGAUAGCAGGAGGACAUUUAGCAGCACAUGUAACAAUAAAAAUAGUUGGAGGAGGGCUCCUGCUUCUAUGGUGGAGAAUGAGGAGUUUAGGGUUUUCAUGGUUUGUGGAGAGGUCUCUGGUGACAUAAUCGGUGGCCGCCUCAUUUCCUCUCUUAAGCGCCUCUCCCCAUGUCCUCUGCGCUUCGCUGGAGUCGGCGGGUCCAUGAUGAAUAAUGAAGGCUUGAGAUCUCUUUUCCCCAUGGAAGAUCUUGCUGUAAUGGGCAUAUGGGAACUGCUACCCCAUUUGAAUAACUUCAGGAAGAGGUUGCUGGAAACAACAGAAGCAGCAUUUCUGUUUCAGCCCCAUGUUGUAGUGACAGUUGACUCCAAAGGAUUCUCAUUCCGUUUCCUGAAGUUAUUAAGGGCUAGAUAUAAUCAGCAAGGACUAAGUUGCCCUUUAAGGUUCCACUAUGUUGCACCUUCGUUUUGGGCAUGGAAAGGAGGUGAAGAGAGAAUGAAUGGGCUAGCUAAACUUGUGGAUCAUGUGUUAUGUAUUCUUCCAUUUGAGGUGGAUAUUUGUAGAGCACAUGGGUUGGCUGCAACAUUCGUGGGGCAUCCUGUUGUGGAAGACGCUUUAAGUGCUCAAUUGGGGACGAGCUCGCAAGUAGAUGAAUUGGUGGUUCUUGGAAAAGCAGAUAACUUCCGCAAUGAGCAUGGAAUAUCUUCAGAGACCACCAUUAUCAGUUUACUUCCUGGCAGUAGAUUGCAAGAGGUUACACGCAUGCUGCCUAUUUUUGCUGAUACUCUGAAGUUACUUAGAUGCUCUUUUCCUGAUAUGGUGGCCGUCAUUCCUGUAGCAUCUAAUCAACAUGUUCAGGAACACAUCAAGAAGAAUGUUCAGCAAUGGGUGGUGCCUGCCAUAUUGAUAUCCGGGGAAUCUUCUUUCAAAAAAUAUGAUGCUUUCAGCGCAAGCAAAGCUGCAAUUGCUACUUCAGGGACAGCUGUUAUGGAAUUGCAACUUGCACGGCUGCCUUGCGUUGUUGGGUAUCGUGCCCAUUUCUUGACAGAAUGGUUUAUUCGUUUGAGGACAAAGUCAAAGUACGUGUCCCUACCGAAUAUUCUGUUGGAUUCAGCUGUUAUUCCAGAAGCUCUAUUAUCCAAUUGCACAGCUGAUAGAUUGUCCAUGUUGCUCAACAAAAUCAUUUGGGACGAAAGCCUUCGUGAGGAACAGAUGGCAUCUGCUAGGAACGUGCUUAAUAUUCUAUGCCCAAAGCAGAAAAGUUUGUAUAAUUUGCAUGGGGGAAGGCUUGGAUCUUCAUGCACACCAAGUAUGAUUGCUGCAUCUACCAUUAUGUAUGAAUUGACUUGUAACACUUGAAAAGUGUAUAAUCUCUGUAGCAUCUUUUUGGUUAGGUGAUGUCUUCCUUUUCUCUGGUUAAAUUAAUUUUUUCGGUGGUAGUUUCAUUAUCAUCAGAUGAAUAUUUGAACAUUAAGCACAAUUAUUUAAUCAGUGUUGAGCACGUCUCAUUACAUUUCAAA